GCCGGUGAGAUUAGUGUGUUUUUAGAGAUAAAGGAGAAUAUAUAGUUGGACGCUGACGGAGAGGUGGAGGAAAUGAAAAGGGGGAGGGGCCAAAGAUUAAAUCAAAAGCAUGUGUGGUUGAAUAUAGGCUACAGUGAGUGCUGUACAAUAUAAGGCUUUAAGCAAGUUUAAUAUAUGCUGUUUCGAUGUUUUAGAAGGUACAAACUAAAAUACAUUUGUUGUUGUGGAUAAUAAUUAGCUCUCUUUGACUGCUAAUGUGGCUGUUGUCAGACAAACAGAUUAGACAUUCUAGAAAUGCUGUUAUUCAUCUGCUGAAUCUCUUUUCUAACUCUGUAGAUAUGGAUGAUAGAUCCUUAAAGGUUGGAAUUGUGGGAUAUGGACAUUUAGGUCAGUUUCUUGUUGAGAAGAUCCAAAGGGAAGGGCCUAAAGUGGGGCUGCAAUUAGCAUUCAUUUGGAACCGAAAUCCAGACAAACUAAAAGAUUUAUUGCCAAAAAAGCUCAUUCUGCAUGACCUCUCAGAUUUCACACACAGAGUAACUGAUGUAAUAGUGGAGGUGUGUCAUCCACAGAUAGUUAAAGAGUUUGGUGUCAGAUUUCUGUCACAUGCUCAUUUCCUGGUGGGCAGCCCUUCUGCCCUCUCUGACCCCCAGCUUGAGCAAGAACUCCGCACUGCUGCAAAACAACAUGGGAAAACACUUUAUGUGCCCAGUGGUGCAUUAUGGGGUGGCCAAGAUAUUCAAAAAAUGAAUGACAGCGGAACUUUGCGGGCUCUCUCCAUCCGAAUGUCUAAACAUCCCUCUUGCUUUCGACUGACUGGUGGCCUGCUCUCUGAUUGGACAGAGGGAGAGGGGAGGCGGGUCUUGUACAGCGGCUCAGUAGCAGAGCUCUGCCCCAUCGCCCCCAACAAUGUGAACACUAUGGCAGCUGCGGCCAUAGCUGCAUCAAAGUUGGGCUUUCAUGGGGUUACUGGAGAAAUAGUUUCAGACACUGCAUUAGCAGACUAUCAUAUUGUGGAGGUUGAGGUAAUUGGUCCAGAUGGGUUCUCAGUGAAAACUGUAAGACAGAACCCUGCCAAACUGGGAGCUGUAACCGGAAAUGCCACAUACAAUUCCUUCUGGAGCAGCUUACUGGUCUGCAAGGGUCAUGGAGGGAGGGUAUAUCUGUGUUGACAACAGUGGAUUGCUGCAGAAAGUGUACAAGUUAACCGAAGAAUAACAGCUGCACAUGAUGAAUAAAACAAGUGUCGUGUCAAUAAUGUUGUAGAUUUUAAUCUCAGUUUUACAGCCGUAACAGACAUGACAAACUCAAACAGUGCUGGUGUAUAUUACAGUAUCAAUGAUGUUCCAGUGUAUUCGUUUGGCUGGUUAGCUUUUGCUACAUUACUUGCUUGUCAUUUAACUCUGGUCUUUAAUAACAAUAAUAAAAAUGGCUGGAUACUCA